UUUAAAAAUCAUCAAUCAUGGAUAAUAUUGUAAAAUCACCAACAACAACAUCGUCAUCAUCAUCAUCACAAUCGAAAUUUGAUUGUGAUCCAUACAUAAUAUCAACAACAAUAUCACCAUCAUCGUCAUCAUCAUCAACAUUAAAAACGGAUACAAUGAGAUCAGUAUUUACACCACCAUCGAUAUUAUAUUCACCACCAUUAAAAUCACCAGCACAAUAUUAUCGUUCAUGUACUACACCUGAAUGUUCAGAUCGUUUUAUACCGAUACGUGAACCACAUAAUUGGAAUUUACGUUAUAAUAUGAUAAAAGAAACAACUAGAUCAUCAAUGAUGCGUCAUAAACCAAAAGAUUCGUCAUCAUCAUCAUCAUCAUCACCAUCAGCAACUAUUAAUGGUACAACAAAUAUGAAUACUACACCGGGAAAUGUUGGUGGUAUUAAUGGAUCGGGUAGUAAUGUAGGUGGUAGCGGUGGUGGUAAUAAUAAUAACGGUAGUUCAUCUCAAUCCGAUAUGUUUCGUAAUGGUCUUGCAUAUCAAUGUUUAUUGAAAAAUGAAUUAUUGGGUGCUGAAAUUGAAGAUAUUAAUGAAUAUAAACAGAUUGAAGAACAUAAAAUAUUGACACCAUUAAUGAAUCGCAAUGUUUUUCGGUUUCGUACACGUGAAAUACGUAGCGAACCAACCAGUCCAUAUUCAUUAUCACCAAUUAGUCCAAAAAGUCAGAAAAUGUUACGAUCACCAAGAAAGACGGCUCGUAAAAUAUCAAAAAUGCCAUUCAAAAUACUUGAUGCACCAGAAUUACAAGAUGAUUUCUAUUUAAAUCUGGUCGAUUGGUCAUCAACGAAUAUUCUAAGCGUUGGUCUUGGCUAUAGCGUUUAUUUAUGGAGUGCUUGCACCAGUCAAGUUACACGUUUAUGCGAUUUUUCAUCAACCGCUAAUUCAAUUACAUCAGUCUCAUGGUCCGAAAGAGGACAUUUGGUCGCUGUCGGUACACAACGUGGGUUCGUGCAAAUCUGGGAUGUAGCCACACUCAAAUGUAUCAAACAAUUUGAUGGCCAUUCUUCUCGUGUUGGUUGUUUAGCAUGGAAUGGUGAUUCAUUAUCAAGUGGUUCCCGUGAUCGUUAUAUAUAUCAACGAGAUAUACGUUCAGCUUCAUUAAUACCUGAACGUAAACUACUUAGCCACCGACAAGAGGUUUGUGGCUUAAAAUGGUCACCAGAUAAUCAGCUAUUAGCAUCGGGCGGAAAUGACAAUCGGAUAUUCAUAUGGAAUCAAACAUCAAAUCAACCGGUACAAACAUAUACAGAACAUUUAGCCGCUGUUAAAGCAAUCGCAUGGUCACCACAUCAUCAUGGUCUAUUGGCAAGCGGUGGAGGUACAUCUGAUCGUCAUAUUAGAUUUUGGAAUACAUUAACCGGGCAGCCAAUACAAUGUGUAGAUACUGGAUCACAAGUUUGCAAUCUAGCAUGGUCUAAACAUGCAUCUGAACUCGUUUCAACACAUGGUUAUUCACAGAAUCAAAUUCUUGUAUGGAAAUAUCCAUCAUUAGUACAGGUGGCUAAAUUAACUGGCCAUACAUGUCGUGUUUUAUAUCUUGCAAUGUCACCAGAUGGUGAAUCAAUUGUUACAGGUGCCGGUGAUGAAACAUUACGUUUCUGGAAUGUAUUCUCAAAAGCACGAUCACAAAAAGAAACAAAAUCAGCAUUGGAUUUAUUCUCGACAAUUCGUUGAAAUGUGAAGAAAUAAAAAAAUAAAUAAAUGAAUAAUAUAUAUCAAAAUAAUAAUAAAACUCAAAUAAAUAUAUAAAA